CAUAUCAGAUAAGAUUCUAAGUGGCUGCGGUUUUUGUGACGUCACUACACUGCUGCGCUACGUAGAGUUUUCUAGUGAAACGUCACUAUCAACGAUCUUGCGGUAACCGCAUGCGGUUAGUUGCCACAAAUACUUACACAAGUCUCUACACGGAGUUUGACCAGUCUACUGUUCGCCUGCAACAUUAACAGUGACGGCUUGCGAGUCUAGCACCGUCCUGCAGAUAUGUGUACGUGUAGCAACACGCCUAAUGGGAUUCACUGUGAUACAUCUAGGUAAUGGAUGCUCCAGUUGAACCAUCACCUCGUGCAAGUCAAUUCUCUGCAGUUGACGGACACCAUUACAUGUGGAGGGGGGCUGGUCCAGGACUGAGGGGGUCUAACAUCAUUGCUGUGUAUGAUCCAAGCACUGAGCUGUGGAGCCUCUUGCCCACCACUGGACCUCUACCCCCUGGAGAGUAUGGUGGUUGCUCUGUUUGUGUAGGUCGUUGCCUGUACACCUUUGGUGGUUGGGAUGGGUCUUCUUACGUCAAUGACAUGAGCAAGCUUGAUCUGGACACUCUCCAGUGGACCAAAGUUCAAACCUCUGGUAAUCAGCGUAUGAAAAAGCGAGGUUGUGGACUUGUUCGUGUGAAUGAGAGAACUCUGUGCUGCUUUGGAGGAGAAGGUAUUGAGGGCCCCACACGACCAGGAUCAACAUUCACUAAGACUGGACGGCGUGAUGGAAAUGGACGGACAAACGAGUUCCAUUUAUUUAAUAUUCAAAAUGGUGUCUGGUCGUCCCCUAAGCUCAGAGGAGAGAGACCUCCUCCCUGUUCCUACUUCACCUUCACCAUGGUGGACCAGCACAGGGCAGUCCUCUUUGGAGGGAUCCAACCUGGCCGUGGUGGGGUCAAUGAAGUCUACAUAUUUGACUUCAGGACCAUGGAGGUCACUAAGGUGAAGCCAGUACAGGGAGAGCCAUGGCCGGUGGUGAGGGCAGGCCAUGUUGCCUGUUGUCUCAACUAUGGCCAGGACCACCCUCAACUACUGGUGUACGGAGGAGUGGAUAAUGGCAGCAAGACACUAGGGGACAUGUGGAUACUUGAUGUUGACACUGUCAAGUGGGCAGAGGUGACACCUCCUGAGCCACGUUACUACCACUCCAUCACUGCCACCAGUCUGGGACCAGGACUCACUGAGGUCCUCGUGUUUGGAGGCUGUCGGGAGAUGCUGGGAGAUGCCAUUGCUGAGACCACCAUACUAAGAUUUGAGUUGACUGGACCCUCAGCGUCUGUUGCUGGACCCUCGGCUGGGAAGUGGGCUCUCGUGGAUGUGGCCCACAACGACACUAGAGGCUCCGCCCAGCGACUGAGUGAGAAGACGAUCAGACAAGCAACUGCUCGUGCCUCAUCAGUCAGUGAGACCAGCGACCACUCCUCUCAAGACCGGGUGAGGGCUCUGGAACAACAGUUACGAGCAGCAGAGCAGAGAGAGCACGAUACUCAACGUCACCACCAACUACAGUUGCAAGAGAAAGAUCGAGAAUUAGCUACGCAAGCUAGAGAAUUGACCGAGGCCAAUCGUCGUCAUGGAGAUACGGAGGAAAUAGCACAGCUGGCAGAGCAAAGAGAGCAAGCUACACAAUUACUUUUACAAGUGAAAGAUCAAGAAUUGGCGGAGGCCAACCGUCGCCACGGAGAUACUGAGACGAGAAAUCAUGAACUGAUGGCUGAAAAUGAACGACUUCAAGAAGACCUCCAAAGGUCAGACAGGAGAGCCCAGCUGGCAGAGGAUCGAGCAGAGGGUCUGGAGACUCAGUGGGUGGUCCAUCGCGAGGAGAUUACAAUGACAGAGAGACAGCUCGGUGGGGGAGGAUGGGGGGUCGUCAAAGUGGCCAAGUUCCGAGGAAUCGAGGUGGCAGCCAAGACACUGUACGAGCAGCUCAGAUCCGACUAUUACCGACACGUGUUUAUUCGUGAGAUGAACAUGGCGGCUCGUCUGCGACACCCACACCUGGUCCAGUUCAUAGGAGCCACGCUGGAGGGGGAGAUGAUCAUCCUGACAGAGCUCAUGGCCACCAGUCUGAGGAGGGUGCUGGAGGGAGGUCGUAUCUCACGUGAACACAUCCUCUCCAUCUCUGUGCAGGUCUGUCAAGCCCUCAACUAUCUCCACCUCAUGCAGCCAGACCCAGUGAUCCAUCGUGACAUCAGCAGUGCAAACAUUCUCCUCAACCCUCUACUCGAUGGCCGCUGGAGGGCAAAGGUCACGGACUACGGCUCCGUGAACACACAACGAAUGUUGAACACGAUGAACCCGGGGAGUCCUGUAUACGCUGCCCCUGAGGCCGGUAACCCGUCCCUCCAAUCAACCAAGAUGGACAUGUUCAGUCUGGGGGUGCUCCUGAUCGAGAUGUGUUCUGGCCAGUUUCCGAGUGAUGACGGACGUGAGCGCUUACUCCUCACCAUUCAAGACCGUCAGUUCUCUGGCAUCAUCAGUCGCUGUAUCGAUAGAGACAGAGACAAUCGACCAACCGCUCGACAACUGUUGAAUGAACUGUUACAUUUAUAGAGAGAUAGAUAUAUAUAAUUAUUGUCAUGCCAUGCUUUUAGUUUUAUCUUGCUGUUUUGUAGUGUUGUAUAAUGCCUGUGUGUUGGUGUAACCAUAGAUAAAGAAUUAUUAUUGUGUCAUGAUUUUGUGAUUUGAAUUUUAUAUGCCCACUUGAA